AUUUCAUUGUCAGGCACAUGAAUUUUGUAACCAACUUUAUCUCAUACUUAAGAGAAGAGAACAUGGGUGCAGCAUACGUGGAAGUCAUUUGCAAGCGUUGUUUGAGGCAUUUGCUUGUAUGUUUGGAUUAAAGAGUGCACUCAGUAGUGUACCAUGUCUGGAAAUAGAAACAAAAAGGAUUAUGAAGCUAGAGAUAAGUGGUGCAGCUGAUAUUAUUUUCCCUUACACAAUGUUUUCUCCAUUUAAAGAAGCCAAACAAGGAACUCAGCAUCCCUCAGUUGUUGCAGUUUGUGAGGUCAAAAGAGACAGUCCAAAACUAAACCAAAGUUAUUCACCACUGAGCAGCAGAACCCGUACAAAAAUAAAAAUCAAUUUUGAAGACUCAGCAAUGCAAAUUUCGUCAACAACUAAUACAGAGGCUGCACACCACAGAACUGUUCUGCAUCUUGAUGAUAAAAUCAUUGGCCAGCAUGGAGGAGAACUUCUUUUCCAUUUUUCAGACACAAUAAAGAAUGGAAAAAUAUUUGGAUUAGUUGUGCAAGAAACACAGGUGACGUUUACUGUGCUGGAAAUGAGUGUGGAACAAUACAAUGACAUUGUAGAAGGUAAUGUGAAGCACAGAAGUGGAGAUCGGCCAACGUUGAAGGUUUCAAAACCAUAUGACUAUUUGAAAACCCAGGAUAGAGAAUCUAUCAUAGAGGCGUUCAUCAAACUUGCUAUGUUACAGAGGAAAAUCCUUUAAAUCCUUGGGUAACAUCAGAUCUUCAGGAUAUAAUUUGAAGGUGCUGUGUUUAGAAGUAGUGUAAUGCAAAUUAUGGUACAAAAUGUAAAUAAUGUAAUGCUGAUUAUGUACUUGUUUUGUUCAUUCCAUGUUUUUAAUUCUUUCAAAGUAUCAUGCUAUUGGUUAAACAAGUAGUUUUGUGCAGGCAUGUAAUUUAUCCCUAAGUCACAGUUAAAAGAUAUCUUUUGUACCCAGUACAACCCUCUGUUAUGUAAGUGUGCAAUGUGCUUAAUUUUUUCGUAUUUAUUAAUGAAUUUAAGAAAAUUCAUUUAUAAAAGAAGAAAAAUUGAUAGCUAGAAAAAUUUGCAAAAAUGUAUAGUAACUGGAAUAGAACAAUUAACAUUUUAAUUAUCAUAAAAUUUAAAAAAAAAUUGUAAACUGUCCCAGUUUAAAUUCAAGUGAAUGCAAUAACCAUUGAUAUGCCUUUUUAUCUUGAAUCCUUUGAUAUCUUGAAGCUUUUCCAAGUCCUGUCAAGUUUGAGAUAACAAAGUUUGACUGUAAAUGUAUAAAUGUUGUAAAAUGUUGCAUGUAUUAUGAUUUAGAAAAUGUAUUUAAAAUCAGAGAUAUUUUUCAUACAAUCUGCAUACUACAUCAGAAUGAAACUUGAAAUAUAUGAAUACCGUAUAAGUAGAAUUUUUAGCGAGGAUUUUAUUUUGGCAUUAUUAGCGAGGGUGAUGAGAUCGCUAAAAUUG